AGACCAGUGGAGAAUCACAGCAACGUAACGCGACACACAAUCCCGUCCUGUUAUAAUCCAGCACUUCGGUUUAGUAUAGUAUGGCAUCUAGGAGAAUGGAGACCAAACCAGUGAUAACCUGCCUCAAAACCCUCCUGGUCGUCUAUUCCUUCGUAUUUUGGAUCACAGGUGCAAUCCUCCUUGCUGUUGGCGUAUGGGGCAAGCUCACCCUGGGGACGUACAUUUCCCUUAUUGCUGAAAACUCCACCAACGCCCCCUAUGUCCUGAUCGGAACUGGUACUACUAUUAUUGUCUUUGGGCUGUUUGGAUGCUUUGCAACAUGCCGUGGAAGCCCGUGGAUGCUGAAAUUGUAUGCUAUGUUCCUGUCUCUGGUGUUCCUGGCUGAGCUGGUGGCUGGUAUUUCUGGCUUUGUGUUCCGACAUGAAAUCAAGGUCACAUUCCUCAGGACUUACAAUGAAGCUGUCCUCGACUACAACGCGAAUGAUGAACGAAGCAAGGCAGUGGAUUAUGUGCAGACAAGUCUGCGCUGCUGUGGAGUGCAGAACUACACCAGCUGGUUCGGCAGCAACUACUUCCCAAAGAACGGCAUCCCGCACAGCUGCUGUGCCAAUGCCAGUGACUGCAGCCAACAGGACAUGCGCAAUGCCACCAUUGCCUCCACCAAGGUGUACCAGCAGGGCUGUUACGAUUUGGUGACCAGCUUUAUGGAGACAAACAUGGGCAUCAUAGCUGGAGUUGCUUUUGGAAUUGCGUUUUCACAGUUGAUUGGGAUGCUGUUGGCCUGCUGUCUGUCACGAUUUAUCACUGCCAAUCAAUAUGAAAUGGUGUAACAGGGGAACAGGGGCGAUAAAGACUGCAUUUAUCAUGCUGAAAUUGUGGAAGACUCUGGAAGGACACCUCAAGAACGCUAGCGCACUCCAUUCUCAUUCUCUCUGCUCGCUUCAAAUUGUAGUGCAAGAACGCUAGCCACUUCAAUCUCAUUCUCUCAGCUCGCUUCAAACAGUAGCACAUCAUUCCUUGACAUCCAGUUGUGCCAUGAAAACAAGCUUACUUUCUAUACUUCAACCCUUAACGAUCCCUGUCAGCCUCAAGAUCAGUGUGUCAACUUUAUAACAUAUGUCACUGUGGACAUGCACGUAGUAUCUGGGUUGUAUAGUUGCUAUUUAAAAAUCAUAAGCAUUAACUACAUUUCUAUAAAAAAAAAACUGUUGAUACAUUAUAGUUUUCCAUCCAGUACCUUUUUAUUUUCAGCUAGAAAGUAAAGAUUUUCAGAAAUGAUGCGAGUAUAAAUGAAAAUAAUAACAAGAAAAGAAAAAACUAUGUAAAGAUGUAGUGCUUGAAGGGAGCAAUUCUCCCAGAUGUUAGACUACAGUCUUCUAAUCUUAUUGUAACGCUUCUGCUUUUUGCUGCUGCAUUGAGUACAUCGCUGCAUCUGAUCCUGUGUAAUAUAUAAUUAUUACUAAAAUGUGCACAGUUGCUUUAUAUAUGAAUAUGUUUUGUAUUGUGUCUGUGUGGUUGUUUUUUUUUUUUUUGUUUAGUAGGUCAGUGAUCCCCAAACAAGUCUAUGGAUUUCAAAAGGGAUUAAGUAAUAACAAAAAAAACACUUCAACAUUGUCCUGGUGGUUGUGUAGUGUUGCAUUGCAACUUGGGGUGUAAUAAAAAAAAUGUAAAGCAUUUCAUUUUUAAUGACAUUAUUACCACGUUGUAACUACAGUCUGAUUUACAGUAGAACCUCAGAGUUAUGAACCCACCCUUCUGAAGUGACUGGUCAACCAAACACAACACCCGAAACUGGACACAGUUCUCCUGGCUUCUUUUUGGUAUUAUUAUUAUUAUUAUUAUUAUUAUUAUUAUUAUUAUUAUUAUUAUUAUUAUUAUUAUUAUUAUUAUUCAUUUUAAAUAUGUAAACCUGUAUGAAUACAGUACACAUACCAUGCAUCAGUUUCAGAGUUGCAGACAAUUGUCUUAGGAGCAUCCUCCAUUCCCUUUGUGUUCAUAACUGUGGGGUUCUACUGUCGUUAAGUGAUAUCCAAGGCUUCGAAAUGAAAGAAGAAAACAACAGUUUCAUGAAGACUUUUUUCCUCACUCAAUAGUCUUUUAAACAAAUCAAAAGUUCAAGCUUAGUGAGGCCUACAAAUAAUGAUUUGAAAAUAUGGCUGUCACUUUAAAUUUGUCUGGGGAAUAGUUUAUCCUGCUAUAGCCCUAUUCAGUUGCUCAUCAGAAACACACAGCGCCUCAUGAAUAUCAUUAUAAGCAGUUGUGCACGUCUGCCUUUCUCUUGCAAAUCAGUGCAGCUGCUAGCUGUAAAAUCACAUAACCCCCCUAUUUGCAAAGCUAUAGACUGCCUCUUGAAAACCUUGCUGGAAAACACUGGAAAAUGUUGUUCUUACUACUGAAACGUCAAACACCUGUGCAUUUACAGUAGGUCUAAAUGGCUUCUUGCGCUGUAUUAGAUCACUGUUGCAACUGCAUGGGGGCUCCCUUGCAGUCUUGGGUGCAGAAGUAAAGGGAGCACUGUAACCUUAUUUAAUAAAACUGUGAUGUGAGUAACUCGGGCUGCUUGAUUCAAAAGCAGCCUUUUGUAUUAUUUUUUGUGUACUGUAUGUGUUUAUUGCCUUGUUUUGAAGUUGUUGCAGGCUGCCACCAGCGAUGUUUGUGUAGGUGGAUCAGUGUUAAAAGCAAAUCUAGAAAAUUCAGUAGAAAAAAAAAAACUCCAGAGUUUGAAGGGAUUAUAAAAGUUUGUAUAAUAAAAAAAUUAAAAAAAAAACUUUUUUAACUCCUCACCAGCUAGCAUGCCAACAAAAGUAUGUUGAUAUUGUAAGCAAUUGUGAUCUCUAAUAAUAAACAGUCAUUACAACUUU